AUGAUUAGUACCACGGCCGACGAGCCACUUCACGUGCUCGACUUGCCCCAGAUCUACGAGAAGCCCUCGGGGACCGAUCUCAUCAAGGCUCUUGCCCUGUUGACUCUGCAGCCACGGACAUUCGGCACCAGCGCAGAUGCGGUCAAGGGUCCAGCGGUGCAGCCGGCAGGAGUGGCUCGGUAUCUGACCUCGAUCAUCUCGAGUCCGCUAUCGUGGCUGGAGACCGAAGAAUUGCGGGAGGCAGUGUGGGAUGCGGCGUCGGCUCGUCUGAGCGAGCGUUCAGGCCGUACUGCCAUGCCAGCCAUGUCUCGCAUCUUCAACAUACCCACCUCCUCAGGCGAGGAUUACACCCUCACUUUGCAUGAGCCGUCGCUCACGUCGGACAAUCUCGGAAUGAAAACCUGGGUAUCAUCCUACCUACUCUCCCAUCGGCUUCAUAGGCUCCUCGAGUCGCCACCACAACUUGUCCCUGCGGGAACGACAAAUCCCUCGACGGUGUCAAACCAGAACAAUAAGCCGAUGCGGGCCCUUGAACUAGGUUCUGGAACCGGUCUCGUUGGCUUGUCCUUUGCGGCACUAACGGGCAAGUCGGCCACGGUCCACCUAUCCGAUCUCCCGGAAAUCGUGCCCAAUCUCGCCCACAACGCCGCGCUCAAUGUAGAGCUUCUGAACAAAACAGAGGGAACUGUGACGACUGGUGUGCUUGACUGGUCUGUCACACCAACGCCAUCGCCCACGGCGGACGAGCGUUUCGAUGUGAUCCUCGCUGCCGAUCCUCUGUACUCACCCAAGCAUCCGAAAUGGCUCGUGGAUACAAUUAGCCCCUGGCUCAGCAAGGGAUUGGAUGCCCGAGUCGUGACGGAAAUGCCUCUGCGUGAUGCAUAUCUGCCUCAGGUGCAGGAAUUUCGCCAGCGGAUGACUGAUUUGGGCCUCGUGGUAGUUGAAGAAGGCGAGGAGACUGGUUAUGACGACUGGGAAAGCGCCAGUGGCGAGGCUCUGGCUGUCAAGUGCUGGUGGUCGGUUUGGGGAUGGAGUGAGAAGGUAUGA